UUUCUCAAUCUUCAUGAUCAUAAGGUUAACAUAUUGCGUUCAUAAGGUUAACAUAUUGCGUUUGCCUGAAUUUCGUCAAAACCUUGUGCAAUGGUAUUUAGCUGCCUACGCAUCCGUGUGAACGCUAAUUGCAUCAAAGUCAAAAAAACUCAUCAGUCUUUCAGGCGAGUGGCAGUCAAGCACAAGCCCAGUGUAACCAGUUUAAUCUGCUGAUAUGCAUGAUGACCUCUCAUGAUCGACAUGCAUCUGGCAGCUGAGUUGAAGUUUUAACCUCGCGCUUUUAUAGGAGACUUUUUCUCGCCUUAGCUCUGUAAUUUACGUUCAAAGUUCAAAAGCAAUUCCUCCGGCUUCAAGAGAAAGAGUCAUACCGGCAAAGGCUCCAACAGAACGGUGAUGGCUGUAAUUCUAUCUUGCAUAGGAGUUCGGAAGAUAAAACCACAAGAAACAGUAUUUCUGUCACGUCGGAGUCGAAUAGUCUCCUACCUGGAAGAUGAACGAGACUCAUCAGAGCCUCAAUGGCUACUCCCAGAUAACAUCUGGCUUCGCAUAUUUUCCUAUUUGUCACUGCAGCAAAGAACACAAGCCUCCUACGUUUGUCAGCGAUGGAACAAUCUUUGUAAGGACUCUACAUUUUGGCGCGAAGUGGACUUUAAAUUUAGCGGAGCUACUCAGCCAGUCACUGACGAAACAGUGAAAGCUGUUACUUCAUAUUCGAGGGGAAUCCAAAGUAUUGACCUGUCAGGUGACCACUGUAAGCCAAUCACUGACGAGGCAAUUGGUCACGUGGCACGUUCUUGUCAGCGCUUGCAGAGACUGAAUAUAGCUGGACGAACAAAGGUUUCUAACCGUGGGCUCAGUGUCAUCGCGAGGAAUUGUCCUCACUUGAAAGAGCUGAACGUAGAAAAAUGCCAUGGGAUCAGCAACAACGGAAUUAAAUCAAUUGCCAGUCGGUGCCAUGAAUUAAAAAGUCUUUCGGUGGCUCGAUGUCAACAAAUUUCCGAUAAAGGAAUGUACUUUGUGGCACAGGAAUGCAAGAAUUUACAAAGUCUUAACAUCGCAGGUUGCAGCAGUAUCACGGAUAAAAGUUUGACAACUCUCGGAAAACACUGCAACAUGUUACGAGACAUUAACCUAAAAGACAUUCAAGGCAUUACUUCUUAUGGCAUUGAGAGAAUGGUCAGCGGCAACCCGAAUUUGACGCAUGUGCAUUUGGGAAUUGUCCAGGACACUAAAAACACUAUGGUGGCGUUGCAGAUUAUUGUCAAACACUGUGAAAAAUUGGAGUUUCUGAGUUUUCAGCAUUUUCAUCGGGCUGGCGUUGUAACCGGCGGAGUACGAAAAGUAAACAAGAAAAAACUUGGCGCUUUUAUCAAUGGCCUCAACGCCUGUGUAGUUUCAAACAAUCGAUAAUUCAACAAAAUGAAUAUCACAAUUCCUGGUCGAUCGGCCAAAUUCAAAAUUUUACGCACGGAAAGGCGAUGUUUUCAGUCCAACGAGAGCAAAGCAAAGUCGCUGAGCUGAAAAACUUGAGCAGUCACUGUCGACUGCAAUGAAAACUUUUUCGCUUUAACUCUCUUGAAGUACAAAAUCUGUCCGAAGAAUGUCUCAGCAACUGUCUGUUUGUUAUUACCUCAUGGCUUCCUUUGGUUUUGUUUUAAAGUAUGAAACCCAAUGCGACUAGGAUUUCGUUUCAGUGUCUUCUGAACUAAAAAGAGCUAAAGGCUACGUAUUCUAACUAGCGUGAUCUAAACCGUACGAAAACUACCAGAUGCAUAUGUUUUCACAACUCUUUAAUUCGAGUUACGAAAGCAUUAACAUAUCACUUUUAGGAAGCACCACGUGUUUUAGUUUUUGUUGGGUGCUCCCUGUUUUGAUCAGUGUGUGAAGAAACAAUCGAAGUCUUUACAGAAAGAUAGUUUUUUAUACUUUUCCUGAUUCGGGGUAGAUCCAUUUCUGUGGAAUUUUUUUUCAGAAGUAUUGUAGUUUUACUGUUAAACAGUAAAACUCACUGCUUUUUUGCUGCUCUAGUUAUCAAAUUGACUAUGUCAAUUUCCACAUACUUCAGAUUAUGGUGAAAAGAAUUCAUUUAUUGAAUUAUUGAAAUGAUGAAUACCUUUACAUUAAGUAAAACUCUUCCCAGUCGAAUUCGCUUUUUGCUUCUUAAUGACCGGGGCA